UCCCGCUGGCCUCCUUCUGCCCCCGCAGAUGCUGCAGCCCCAGUUCAAGUCCCACAACACGCACGAAGUCCUGAGCAAGCUCUUCCAGAUCGUGCCUGGCGAGAACCCCUACAGCUCCCAUGACGCCCACCGGUGCCGGCGCUGCGCCGUCGUGGGCAACUCGGGCAACCUGCGGGGCUCCGGCUACGGGCGAGAGAUCGACGCGCACGACUUCGUCAUGAGGAUGAACCAGGCCCCCACGGUGGGCUUCGAAGGCGACGUGGGGAGUCGGACAACUCAUCACUUCAUGUACCCGGAGAGUGCCAAGAACCUGCCUGCCAACGUCAGCUUUGUGCUGGUGCCCUUCAAAACCCUGGACCUGCUCUGGAUCGCCAGUGCCCUCUCCACUGGCCAGAUCAGAUUCACGUACGCACCCGUGAAGCCUUUCCUGCGGGUGGACAAAGAAAAGGUGCAGAUCUACAACCCUGCCUUCUUCAAGUACAUCCACGACCGCUGGACGGAGCACCAUGGGCGCUACCCCUCCACUGGCAUGCUGGUGCUCUUCUUCGCGCUCCACGUCUGUGACGAGGUGGGUCGCAGGGAUCACAGCCGGGGCAACUGGCACCACUACUGGGAGAACAACCGCUACGCUGGCGAGUUCCGCAAGACCGGCGUGCACGACGCCGACUUCGAGGCUCGCAUCAUCGACAUGCUGGCCAAAGCCAGCAAGAUCGAGGUUUACCGGGGCAACUGAGGGGCCUGACGACCGCGAGGGCUCCAGGUGGCCUUUGCCAAUCAGGUGUCCGCGGCGCGGGGGGCUCUCCCGUGGCCGCCCG